AUAGUGAUGUACAUCGGCCAGGUCUCCAAGGACAUCCUGAAGUGGCCUCGGCCCCUCUCGCCACCUGUCGUCAAGCUGGAAAUGAGGACGGAUGCAGAGUACGGGAUGCCUUCCACCCACGCCAUGGCAGCCACUGCCAUCUCCUUCUCCUUCUUCAUUGCAACCAUGAACCAGUACCAGUAUCCGUUCGAACUAGGCCUGGUAGCAGCGUUUGUGUUUUCGACGCUGGUGUGUCUCAGCAGGCUCUACACGGGGAUGCACACCGUCCUGGACGUGAUCGGCGGAGCGCUGAUUUCAGCUGCGCUGCUCAUGCUCUUGUAUCCUGCGUGGGACAUGAUAGAUCACUUGCUGUUAACUAGUCCCUUCUGCCCACUGCUUUCCAUAGUUGUGCCUCUUGUCUUAUGUUACAACUACCCCAAACUGGACUAUUACAGCCCUACCAGGGGAGACACCACUACUAUCUUAGGAGCAGGAGCUGGAGCAACUGUGGGAUUUUGGUUAAAUAACCAGUAUGCCGCGCCAGCCUACGCCAGUGAAAAUUUUCAGCUUGGAUUUCCUCUGAUUACCAGUAAAAUAGUGGUGAUAGUGCUAGCUAGGUUCUUUGUAGGGAUCUUUGUUGUUCUAUUGACGCGCCAGCUCAUGAAGAGUGUGGUACUCGGCGUGCUGGGUUAUCGGUACAAGUUUCCUAUUGGCGACCUGGAAGCCCGAAGACGACUGGAAGUCGAAGUGCCAUACAAAUUUAUAACGUACUCCUCAGUUGGCUUCAGUGCUACCGUGAUUGUGCCGCUGCUGCACGAGCUGUUAGGAUUGAUGUGA